GACAUAAAUAAACCGUUACGUACGUCUUACGUAACCACUUGUCCUUUUUUUAUGUCUCCACUCAGUCUCACUAUGCUAAUUUCCUUUCUUUCACUCACAGGGAAUUUCUGCCGUGUUAGUGUGAAUGAGCAGGUUAUUCACACUUCUUCAGGUGUUAUUUCGAGGUUUUGUUUCUGAAGAAGAAAAAGGAAAAAAUGCUGAAGUGGAUUUCUCUGGUCAUGGGGGACCCCCUGUCAGACUGCAGCCCCCUCAUCAGUGCAGCAGCCUCGGGUAAGCUCCGUCUGGUCCGCCUGCUGGUGGAAGGUGGGGCUCAGGUCAAUGGGCGCAACCCCAGAGGAGAGACGGCUCUCCUGGCUGCUUGUAAGACCCUGAGAGGGGAGCCUGCUGGACCUGAAACUGUAAAACUCCUCACAUACCUGCUCCAGAACAAGGCUGAUCCCAAUGCUCAGGACCGGGCUGGCCGUACUGCUCUGAUGUACGCCUGUAUGGAGCGAGCAGGGGUCCAGGUGGUGUCCACUUUGCUGUCUGCAGGAGCAGACCCCAGCAUGGAGGACUACUCUGGAGCCUCAGCCCUGGUCUACGCCAUCAACACACAGCACCAACCGACAGUGAAGGUGUUAAUGGAUGCCUGUCGGGCCAGGGGUCGUGACAUCAUCAUCAUCGCCACGGAGAUGGGUGUAAACGGAGGCCCGGUGACCAGGCGUUACCUGAAUGUUCCUCCGUCCCCUGACACGUCACCGGUGUCCUGCAUGUCCCCGUCUGACAUUGUCCUCAAGACAGGCUCCCCCAACUCAUCAGAGGGGGAAAACAUCUUCAACUUCAGAGGAACUAGCAAAAGAGGAAGCAGCAGUAGCCGACAUCCUUCCUGUGAACUGAGUCCAGUGAGCCAGAACAGCACCCCACCGCCCAGACAGAGAAUGUUAUCUGAACCAUGGCUGGCCAUUCACAACCUGGCCUGUCUGAACAGAGCUUACGAGGAGGGCAUGAGGGAGAGGAGCCUGCAGGAGGAGGGAGACAGACAGGAUUUAAGGAGAGAUGAGAAGGAAGAGGAUGAGAAGUCAUAUUCUCAUCAGUCUGGGAUGGAAGAGAGGAGGGAGAGCGUGGUUCAAAGGAGGGAUAACAGUUAUGGAGGAGAGAAUUACAGCAGCUGCCAUGAGGAUUUCAUCCCGAGGGUCUCUCAGUCAGUCCUCUCUCUCAUAGACGUGUGUUCAUCUUCGGCAGCUCAGAGCAGAAUGGCUCCCAAGAGGUGUCUGACCCCUGGAGGAUCAAACUCAGACAAAAUGACUCCAAAAAGCUGUGCUGAUAAACUUCCUGCCCGCCCGUCUCCUCACUCCCAACUCCGUCGAAAUACUCUCCCCUCUGUCACGGUGGUCCCACCCCUGCUUCACCUUCCUCCCUUGGUCAACCAGUCAGACUCUCACCUCCGGGUUCCUACGCCAAUUUCACCCUCCAAGAGCCGGAGUAUGGUGUUUCUGCCACACCCACCCAGCUCCUCUCCACCCUCCUCUUCAUCCAGACCAUCAGUGAGACCAGCAUUACUGUCCCUGGUGCCCCUUGCCUCCUCCGUCACCUCCCUGGUCGCUCCUCCUGCCUCUUGCUGCAGUGAGAGAAGGUCACUGCGUCGUCACUCGAUGCAGCUUGAACAGAUUAGAGGAGGAGGAAGAGAGCAGAUGAACCGUUUUGACCUGUGAGACAGAGAUUUCCUCCUGUUGGAAGCACCGUCAUCCCUCAAAUGUUCUUUAAGAAAGCAGAAAGUUCAAGCUGCACCCUGAAUAUUCGCAAGGCCUCAAGAUUAUAUCUGUGUAAACAAUUUUUACAAAAGUUGCUUGUUUUGUAACCAAAGUGCACACAAUACAACACAGUAAAAUAAAAAUAAAAAUUAU